GGGGCGGAUUACAACCCUUCGGUGUGGCGAGAGCCCCGAGCCUUCAGCGCGAAGCCCUCAGCCCUGGCCGAGCGGGUCCCGCCGAGCGCGGGCCGCAGCCCGCCCCGCCGCCCGCCGCUGCGGGCCCUGUCCGAGAGGGUCUCGGCGUGCGGCCGGCGGAGCGGCACGGCCGGAUUCCGGGCACCGAUCCCAUCUCCAAGGUCCUUCCAGCCUAAUGGAGCCAGUGAAGAAGCCCUGCAGCACGAAAUCAAAGAGCUGAAACGGAAAGACCUUGCUCUAGACCAGGAAAUUGCACAAUUAUUGUCCGAGGGCUACAGCCUGGAGGAACUGGACAAGCACAUCUCUCUGCUCCAUGAGUACAACGAAAUUAAAGAUGCUGGGCAGAUGCUGCUGGGCAAGCUUGCUGUUAUCCGAGGGGUCACUACAAAACAGCUCUAUCCUGAGUAUGACCUGGAGAUCAGUGACUAGUCCUGAACCUGGAGACUGCUAUGCCCUGCAAAAGAGACUAUCACUGGGCCAUUUCAUGUUGGUGUCAUCCUGGUUUAGAAGGGACAGAAGGUGGAAAAGGAACCUUUGGGAAAGGGAUGUAGGAUUUUAGAUAAUUUCAUGUACUACCUGAUCAACAGGAUUUUGUUUGGUUUUUUUUUUUUUGAAAGGUUGUAGUUCAGGUUGAUGUUGAGCCUCUUCCAUGGAGCCUUUGCUUCCCUGCAGUAUCUAGGGGCUGUUUGGUUACUGAAUGGAUAGAAGAAGUGAGGACAUACAAAUGUGCAAUCUAAUAGCUGCUUUGAAAGGAUAACCCUCAGAAGGAGGGAGGGAAGAAGGCUGAAAUCGUGGUGGUUUGGGGGUUUUAUUUUGUUUUAUCAACAAAUCCAGAGAAGUCUGGGUGUUCUGCAUUUUUGUACUUACCUGCUCUGGUAUCUGGAGGUUUUGUAUAAUUUCUGUAGUAAAUGGCAAAACAUAAAGUUGUGUUGAACUGUCCACUCUGAAUAAAGCAGUCUUCACAUCUGUCAGUAA